GUGAAACUUAACAUUUACAGCGCUGCUGUCAGGACAAGAUCUCUGUUUCUGUCUGAGGAAAUAUAAAACUACAUUUGUUAUUGUUUGAACAAGUCAACCGGAUACAGUUAUGGCUGCUGCAAACUACCAGAGACCUGAGGACCAGUUCCUGUGCUCCAUCUGUCUGGAUGUGUUCACUCAUCCUGUCACCAUACCAUGUGGACACAACUUCUGCAAAGACUGCAUCUCUGAACACUGGAGUACCAAAGACCAGUGCCUGUGUCCCAUGUGUAAAGAGGUUUUCAUCACAAGACCUGAUCUGAGGGUCAACACCUUCAUCUCUGAGAUGGUCGCUCAGUUCAGAGACAAAGCUCAGCAGGAAGCCAGCAGCAGCAGCUCAGAGCAACAAGAGUCCAAACCAGGAGAAGUCCUCUGUGACGUCUGCACUGGGACCAAACUGAAGGCCCUGAAGUCCUGCUUAGACUGUCUGGUGUCCUACUGUGAGACUCACCUGGAGCCUCACCUGACAGCUCCACGUCUGAAAAGACACCAGCUGAUCGACGCCGUGGAGAACCUGGAGGACAGGAUGUGUCCGAAGCACGAUAAACCUCUGGAGCUGUUCUGUAAGACCGAUCAGACGUGUGUCUGCAUGCUCUGCUCUGUUUUAGACCACAAGACCCACGAGUUUGUUCCUCUGGGAGAAGAAUAUGAAGACAAGAAGGCCGAGCUGGAGGAGACGGACACUGCAAUCCAGGAGAUGAUCCAGAACAGACGAGUGAAGAUUCAGGAGAUCAAACACUCAGCCGACCUCGGUAAGAGAGACGCAGACAGAGAGAUGGCAGAAGGUGUUCGAGUCUUCACCGCUCUGAAGGAGUCUGUUGAGAGAGGCCAGGCCAAGCUCAUGGACUCCAUCAAAGAGAAGCAGAAAACAGCAGAGCAACAGGACCAAGACUUCAUCCACCAGCUGGAAGAGGAGAUCUCUGAGCUGAAGAAGAGAAGCUCUGAAGUGAAGCAGCUCUCAGGCUCUGAAGACCACCUCCAUCUUCUCCAGAGAGUCCAGUCCCUGAACAUCAACCACCCACCACCAAUCAAAGACUGGACACAGGUUCAUGUCCGUCCACCUUCAUAUGAGGGGACUGUGGUGAGAGCUGCUGCUCAGCUGGAGGAGACUCUCAGAGAGGAGAUGAAGAAGCUGCUUCAAGCUGAGCUGAAGAGAGUCCAGCAGUACGCAGAGGAUGUGACUCUUGAUCCUGAUACAGCACAUCCUCGACUCAUCCUGUCUGAUGAUGGGAAACAAGUUCAUCACAGUGAUGUGUUGAAGAAGAAUCUUCCAGACAACCCAGAGAGGUUUUCUCAUUGUGUUUCUGUUUUAGGAAAGCAGAGUUUCUCUUCAGGCAGAUUUUACUUCGAGGUUCAGGUUAAAGGAAAAACUAGAUGGGAUUUAGGAGUGGUCAGAGAGUCGAUCAACAGGAAGGGACCGAUCACAGCGAGGCCUGAGGAUGGUUUCUGGUUAUUAUGUUUGAGAAAUGGAAAAGAGUAUACAGCUUUUGAUUACCCUCCAGUCCUUCUCUCUCUGAGGUCUGAUCCUGAGAAGGUGGGGGUGUUUGUGGAUUAUGAGGAGGGUCUGGUCUCCUUUCAUGACGUAGACUCUGCAGCUCUUAUCUACUCCUUCACUGGCUGCUCCUUCACUGACAAACUCCUCCCAUUCUUCGGUCCUUGUCUUAACUAUGAAGGUAAAAACUCCGCCCCUCUGAUCAUCACUCCUGUCAGUGCUCAAUAAUCACUUCCUGCUUUAACUGAUUGAAGAUCUCCAAAGAGAACAAAGAGAACACACGUGGAGCAGCAUUAACUCCACGACUGCGUUCUUCAGAAUGUGUUUAACGUUGUGAUUGAUUUGAAUUGUCGUGUUUUCUGUCCUUGAAGAAUCAUGAACACAUUUAUUUGACGCACUGAUCCGUUGAAGCUCUGUUGACCCAACAGACAUUUAUUUUAAGCUUCAGUCAAUCGUUCUCUCUGAAUACACAGAAAAUGUCCUGCUGAAAAAAAAGACUAAAUCAAAGAUGUUAAUUAUUUUAUUUUAUAUUUCCUACUGAAUCGGUCAGUUUGUCAUUCAUGUUAAAAUACAAAGAGUAGAGAUACCAGGAAUAAACAGAUUCUGCAGACUUCAUCAAUACAAUGAUUGUUCAGUCUGAAUGUGUCCUUUAUAUUCUGGUGAGAUGGAUUAUCAGUCAACAGAUCUGUAAAUAAAACGACUUCAAAAACAAAUCCUGCAAAAUAAAGAAAAAAUACCCGAAUAA